CGUAGGCUAGGCAGCUGUCUGGCACUGGUUGUGCAGAUCAAGGACACCAGUGAAAUCGCAUUUUAUUCGAUUUGCCAGAGUUUGUCAUCGCGUGCUUAGUUGUUAAAAUGCUUUUUUGAGCUCUUCUGCUUUUAAGUUAGCACCUCUCGAAUCAUGCUCAAGUUGCUGUCGUUUGAAAUUGCGCACAAAAACACCGUGCUCAACAUCGGCAGACACCUGUUUGCGAGAAAUUAUCAAACACACACCGGGGUCUACGGCUACAAACCUCGCCCCAAACGAGAUUUCCAGAUCUCCCACGAGGUGUUGGAGGCCCGCAGCAGACAGCCAAAUUUUUGUCGGCUCGUCGCCGCUUACAGGGAGCAUGCCCACAAACAAGCCGAGAUAAAUCCGGUCGCGCUCAAUCCAAUAAGGCCGCUGAAAGAGUUGGAAGCUGAACGUUUCGGCCUGUACAACGACGACAUAGUCAAAACUCCAGGAAUCCUCAAUGGACCGUCCAGCGAGUGCACUGUCGCAGAGGCCAUUCACUUUCUCGAGUACGUCUACAGCAAGACAAUCUCUGCGGAAUUCAGCUACCUUGAGAAUGAGGAGGAGCGCGAGUGGUUUGCCGAGGAAAUGGAAGACAAGGUCCCAAUGGACAUUCCUCUGGAAGCGAAGAAAGCCAUAGCCGAGGAGUUGAUCAAGUCGCAGGUUUUCGAUCGUUUCAUGGCGAGCAAAUUUCCAACCGUGAAACGCUACGGCGCCGAAGGAGCAGAGGCGAUGGUUGCCUUCUUCCAGGAGCUCUUUUACAUGUCCGCCAGAGACGAAAUUGAGCAAAUUGUGCUGUGCAUGCCUCACAGAGGCCGUCUCAAUUUGCUCACCGGAAUGUUCAAUUUCCCGCCGGCCGCUCUCUUUCGAAAGCUGAAAGGACAGUUUGAAUUUCCUCCAUCUGCUCAAGCCACCGGAGACGUCAUCAGUCAUUUAACUUCGACCACUAACUUGGAAAUUGACGGCAAAAGCCUGCACUUGACCAUGCUCUUCUGCCCUUCGCAUUUGGAGGCCGUCAAUCCCGUUUCCAUGGGCAAAACCAGGGCGCGACAGCAGACAUUGGGCGACGGCGCCUACUCAAAGGACGAAUCGAAACAGUGGAGCGACAAAGUGCUCAACGUCCAAGUGCACGGAGACGCGGCGUUCGCCGGCCAGGGCGUCAAUCAGGAGACGCUCAACAUGACGACGGUGCCGCACUUUGAGGUCGGUGGCUCGGUGCACUUGGUGGUCAACAACCAGAUCGGCUUCUCCACCCCUGGGCCGCGGGGAAGGUCGUCCAGGUACUGCUGCGACCUGGCAAAAAUGGUCAGCGCGCCCGUCAUCCACGUCAACGGCAACGACCCUGAGAUGGUGUUCCGGGCAACGCAAAUCGCCUUCCGCUACCAGAGGCAGUUCAGGAAGGACGUCUUCAUCGACAUGAACUGCUUCCGCCGCUGGGGCCACAACGAAGUGGACGACCCCACCUUCACCAAUCCUAUUCAGUACAAAAUCAUCGACAAACAAAGAUCUGUCCCUGAUCUGUAUGUGGAGAAACUUGAGGAAAGCGGACUUUUCAGCGCGGAAGAAGCGAGCGGCGUCAGCAAAAAAUACUACGACUGGCUGAACAAUCAGCUGAAACUUGCGGACAACUACGAACCACAAGCUAGUUUUCUGACUGGACCGUGGUCUCACGUCUGUCAGGCCGAUGCGGCGGUCACCACCUGGGACACUGGUGUGUCGACCAACCUGCUGAAAUUCGUCGGCCACAAAUCAGUGUCCUUUCCGCAAGACUUUGAAAUCCACCCUCAUUUGCUUAAAACCUUUGUGCAAGGCCGCUUGAGGAAAAUCCAGGAAGAAAAUCAAAUCGACUGGGCCACCGCAGAGGCUUUGGCCGUCGGUUCCUUGCUCUACGAAGGUUAUGAUGUCCGGAUUUGUGGGCAGGAUGUUGGUCGCGGGACAUUUGCGCAGCGGCACGCGAUGCUGGUGGACCAGGAAACCAACGACACGUACAUUCCCCUCAAUGAAAUGGAUCCUGAGCAGAAAGGCCACUUGGAGGUGGCAAACAGCAUUCUGUCUGAAGAAGCGGUGCUCGGAUUCGAGUACGGAAUGAGCAUCGAGAGUCCGAAGCGGCUUGCCAUCUGGGAAGCGCAGUUUGGAGAUUUCUUCAACGGGGCGCAAAUCCAGAUCGACACGUUCAUCGCCAGUGGCGAAACCAAAUGGGUCACGUGCAGCGGACUGGUGAUGCUUCUGCCCCACGGCUACGACGGCGCCGGCCCCGAGCACAGUUCUUGCCGCCUCGAACGAUUCCUCCAGCUCUCGGACUCGAACGAGGACAAGCCCGACGGGGACAACGUCAACAUGCAUAUCGUCCACCCGACCACGCCUGCUCAAUAUUUCCACCUUCUGCGAAGACAGAUGUUGAGGAACUUCCGCAAACCGCUGAUCGUGGCGUCGGCCAAAACCGUGCUCCGCUUGCCUGCGGCCAGUUCGUCUCUUGCCGAAAUGGCACCCGGAACUUCUUUUAACCCAGUCCUAGGCGACCUCGAGGCUGAGGCCAACGGGAAGAGCGUGAAUCGAGUUGUUUUCACCAGCGGAAAGCAUUACUACAGCUUGGUCGGUCAAAGAAAGCUGUUGGAUCGAAAGGACGUGGCCAUCAUUCGAGUCGAGUCUCUCUGCCCUUUCCCCACUCUCGAGCUUAACAAGCAACUGGAGAAAUAUCCCAGGGCAAAGUCAUUUAUUUGGAGCCAGGAAGAGCCGAGAAACCAAGGCGCUUGGAAUUUUGUGCAGCCGCGGUUUUAUAACCUAGUGGGAAAGAAGCUUUCCUACAGAGGUCGGCCUACCCUGGCAGCACCUGCCGUUGGCUAUGGAAUAGCACACAAGCAGCAAGCUGAGGAAGUCAUUACCUCUGCAUUCUCUCCAUAAAUAUAGUAACGUGUUUUCCUGUUGAUAUAUAUAU